UGCCCCCACCCCAGCGACUCGGCGGGCCCGGGUCACACUGUGGCCGCCGCUGGCCGGGGCCCCCCGCCCCCGCCCCGCCGUCUCCGUUCCCUCCCCUCCCCCCGGGAGGGAGGAGGAGACUCGGCGGCCCUCCCUCGGCCCUCCAGGCGGCGGCCGCCGCGAGCCCCGUGCCCGCUCCGCCCAGCCGCGGCGGGUCGGACGUCCGGAGCCCGCGGGUCCCCGGCCGAGGUCCGAGGAGGAGCGGUGGGGAGCGGUGGCCAGCAUGCACAGGGGUAUCGCGUGCUCCGGACAUCCCCCGUGCCGCCCCUGAGCCCCGCCCGGAGUUGGAACCCGGGGCCCGCCCGCGCGGCCGCACCAUGAGCCACGGGCCCAGCCCCCGGCUGGCCGAGUCCCCGCAGCUGUCCAAGGGCAGCCUCCUGACCAUCCUGGGCAGCCCGUCGCCGGAGCGCAUGGGGCCGGCCGACUCGCUGCCGCCCACGCCGCCCAGCGGCACGCCCUCGCCGGGGCCGCCGCCCGCACUGCCGCUGCCGCCGGCGCCCGCGCUGCUGGCCGACGGGGACUGGGAGAGCCGCGAGGAGCUGCGGCUGCGGGAGCUGGAGGAGGCGCGCGCGCGGGCGGCGCAGAUGGAGAAGACCAUGCGCUGGUGGUCGGACUGCACGGCCAACUGGCGCGAGAAGUGGAGCAAGGUGCGCGCCGAGCGCAACCGCGCGCGCGAGGAGGUGCGCCAGCUGCGCCAGCGCCUCGACGCGCUCACCAAGGAGCUGGCCGGCGCGCGGCGCGAACGCCAGGAGGCGCAGGGCGAGUGCGAGGCGCGGGGCCGCGAGCUGGCGCGGCUGCGGGGCGCCCGGGGGGCCGCCGACCGCACGCCCGACGGGCCGGAGCCCGAGCCCGACAGGGAGCAGGAGCCGGUGCGCGACGUCGGGUCCGAAGUGCCCCAGGGCAGCCAGGAGCUGGAGCUGGUGGAGAGCCUGCUGAAGAGCAGACCAGAGGAGCCUGAGGGCUGCUGGGAGGCACGCAGCGUGGGGACCGGAGGCCCACGGGGCAGCUCAGGCCGCCAGGAGCGCAGCCGGCUGCCCUGGGAGGACACGGCCACCAUCGAGGAGGAUGCAUCCAAGUUGACUGCCCUGCGGCUGCGGCUAGAUGAGUCCCAGAAGGUGCUGCUCAAGGAGCGAGAGGAUAAACUGGCACUGAGCAGGAACAUUGAGAAGCUGGAGGGGGAGCUGAGCCAGUGGAAGAUCAAGUAUGAGGAGCUGAACAAGACCAAGCAGGAGAUGCUGAAGCAGCUCAGCAUCCUGAAGGAGGCCCACCAGGACGAGCUGGGUCGCAUGUCUGAAGACCUGGAGGAUGAGCUAGGUGCGCGGUCCAGCAUGGACAGGAAGAUGGCAGAGCUGAGGGGUGAGAUGGAGCGGCUGCAGGCGGAGAACGCGGCCGAGUGGGGUCGCCGUGAGCGGCUGGAGACCGAGAAGCUGGGCCUGGAACGGGAGAACAAGAAGCUGCGGGUGCAGGUCGGGGAUCUGGAGGAGGCGCUGGCCCGCCGGCGGAGGCAGACAGCCAGCGCCCUGGACUGUGACCUGCGGGCCAGCCAGGCUGCGCUUUUCGAGAAGAACAAGGAGUUGGCCGACCUGAAGCAUGUGCACGGCAAGCUGAAGAAGCAGUUUCAGGAGAAGGUGGCCGAGUUGGCGCACGCCAACCGGCGGGUGGAGCAGCACGAAGCAGAGGUGAAGAAGCUGCGGCUGCGGGUGGAGGAGCUCAAGAAGGAGCUGGCCCAGGCCGAGGAUGAGCUGGACGAGGCCCACAACCAGGCACGGAAGCUGCAGCGGUCGCUGGACGAGCAGACAGAACUGAGCGAGAACCUACAAGUGCAGCUGGAGCAUCUGCAGUCCAGGCUCCGCAGGCAGCAGCAGAAUGCCCCCCUCUUCGGGAAGAUCCGAAGCGCUCGCUUCGGCGCCGAGGAGGCCGGGGACGGAGCCAGCGACCUGGAUGAGGACGAGGACCUGCAGAUCCAGGUGGCCUAGGGCUCCCAGGGCCAGACAGGACUGGCCUGUGGCCGCAGGCCCCUGGGUGCCCGGGCUGACCGGCUGCUCGGACCGAUGAAGCUGCCUGUGCUCCCUGCCUCUGCCAGGGUGGGCGCCGGUGGCCCCACCCCAGCAACACCCUGUGGAAGGGAAGCCAUGGCCUAUGUAUACAUUAUAUGUGUAUAUUUUAUAUAUGUGCGUGGGAUCCUUGGACCCAUUUGGUCUUAUAAACACGGGACCACUCCAAAGCCCAGUCUCAGCACCCCCAUCCACCCAGGACCUUCGUGCAGGGGCGAGGGGGAUGUCAAAGGGGACUGUGGGGGACCCAGGCUGCCUCUCUGAACCUUGGGGGUCAGGUGGAGCUGUUUACAGUACAAUGUGAUAAACCCAGUCUUUUGUAAUAAAUGGAGCUUGGGUUCUCGGGGCAGAGUCCUUGAGAGUGUGGCAGAUACGGGCAGGUGGUGUGGGGGACAGCAUCAGCCUGCGUCUGGCACCCAACCUGAGUUCCGGAAUGUCAGGUGACUUGCCAAAUGAACGAAUGUGAGAAAGAACGAAUGGAUGAACACCUGAGCUGCUCAGUGGUCUGGAAUCCGGCUUCUGUGAGGGGAAGGAAAAGGUAUGAUGUGUGUCUAAUCUGGAGGAGAGGAGGCUGCAGUUCUGCACUGGAUGAAUUCAAAUCUCUGCUGCUGCCCCUUACUGGCUGUGCAACCAUGGGGAAGUGACUUGACCUCUCUAAGCCUCAGUUUCUCCAUCUCUGAAUUGAGGCGUCUCCUACAGCUAUCAUGAGAAUAAGCUGAGUUCAUCUGGAACUCAGUAAAGCUCUGCUCUAGGUAAUGAAAUUGCAGGUUGAGGUGGGUUUGAGACACCUGCCCUUAAUGAGAUGCUCUAGAUGAAUUCUCGGCAGCAGGCCUGCUUUCUGCAGAAAGAGGUUCUGUCAGCAUGGUUUUAGCCGGCGGAAGAGGUGAGCUCCCUGUGCUUAAGAGGUGUGCAAGGAGCCGCUGAGGCUCUGUGCCUGUGGAGGGGAGCUCACUCAAUGGCUUUCUCUCUUGUGGCUGUCUGAGGGGCCCCUAAGGACACAGUGCUGGGAUGCAGAGGGUGCCAGAGCCCAGCGGGUGGUACAUCUGGGCACAGAACGGUUCAGCUGUUGCCACGCCUAAACCAGGGAUGAAACUGGUGAGGUGGGGUUUGCUGUCGUGGCAGAGAGGCCCCAGGUUCCCUCCUGGGCUCUGAGGGGAAAGGAAGGAGUGGGCCACCCCUGGCCAUGGGGAGCCAUCCGCCAUGGGUCUUUCCACACAAGCCAGGGCCCGCAGGAAAAAAAAAAAAAAGCUGUGGGAAGAGGGCCAUUUCCUGCCAGGGGUCUUUCUGUUUUCUCUCCCAAACAGGAAGUUUGCCCCAGAAGAGGCUGAACUGCUGCCCUUUGACCCCCCCAGGAGCCAGGCCCUCACUGACAACAGCCCUGAGGGCCGCCUCCCCAGGCCCCAGGCGGACCUGCCAUUCCCAGACACAGAGCAGAUCCGCUGGCGCAGCGGGCUCCCCCAGACUGCCUGGCACCUCCGGCCAGAGUGCUGAGCAGGGGCCCCGUUCCCGCCCCUGUGUGCGGGCAGGGCCGCUCCAGAGAAUGUCAGCGAGGAGAGGGUCUGGCCUCCCACCUCACUGUCCAGAGGAGAACCAGUCUCGGGAGGGGAGACACAGCCACAGACCACAGGGCUGGAAGAUUCUCCAGGCCUGGAAUGCGCUGCCUCUCUUGCAUCCCUUUGUUCACGGGGGCAGCCUCUGCCAACAGAAGCGUCAGCUUUGGCUCCCGAGAUGCUUUAAAAACGAUAUUAUAUGCAUGCUAGUUUAUUUUUUUUUUAAUCUUUUUUUUUUUUAAGAUUUUAUUUAUUUGAGAGAGAGAGAAUGAGAAAGAGAACACAUGAGAGGGGAUAGGGUCAGAGGACGAAGCAGACCCCCUGCCGAGCAGGGAGCCCGAUGCGGGACUCGAUCCUGGGACUCCAGGAUCAUGACCUGAGCCGAAGGCAGUCGCUUAACCAACUGAGCCACCCAGGCGCCCUGCAUGCUAGUUUAGUAAUGGGGAGUUUCUCAGAAAAGUGCAGGUUUCCUUCUCGUGAGGAGUCAGCACGUCGGCCCACGCUGGGUUCACACUCCCGUGGGGUCGUGGCCCCCGGGCAGGGAAGCGGGUGCUGCCCAGAGUGGGGCACAGGCACCUCGGGGGGCCACAGUCCCCACCACUCCCUGCAGCCUUACUCUGCAUGCGCCUUAUUUAUACGUGGCCCCCCGGAGGCCAUGUGAGCCUUCUUCCACUGGCCCGAAGUCAGCGUGAGCUCUGGGGGGCCGGGCCCACGGGUCGGCCGUGGGCUCAGAGCUCGUGCACGCAGGGGCGACUGCCAAGAACAGUUAACACUUACGGAGCCACACCACGUGCCUCACACCCUUUGAGGCUGGCCUACCGUGUCUUCCCUCUUUUGAUCAAGGAUGCAGAGCCUCAGAGGGAGCAAGUAACUAGCCCAAGGCCACAAAGCUCAUCAGUGAGGAUGCUGGCGUUCCAGGUCAGAUGGAUCGGAGGCCAGAGCCCGAGCUCCUGAUCACGGCUCCCACACCCCACCCCUCCAAGGCAAGGCCCCACAUGGCACGGCCCCUGCCCUCCGCUGCGGCCCGACCACCCUCCACUUGGCCCAAGACCCUGCAGCUCCAGUCCCGUUGUGCUCCCCGAGGCCACCAGAAUCGCCCCUCCCCCAUCAAAGUCCCACCAGCCCUUCCAAGCUGAGCCUACUUGGUUCAUUCGAAGAGUGGUAGCGGGCUGUGUACUUGUCUGCUUCUGCCGUCCCACCAGAUGCUCCUGGAGGCCAGAGAAUCCUGCCAGCAGCCGGCAAGGGACCAUUAAUUUUUUUUAUGGACGAUCAAACCCAGAUAGAGCGGAAAGGCUACCGCAUGGCUCAUCCCAAAACAGUCACUAAGGCGCCAGGGACAACAUCUAGGGGUCGACCAGGACAGGAUUUAUUAUUAUUUACUUACUUGAGAGAAAAAGAAAAAGAGCAAGAGCGCGCACGUGGUGGGAAGAGUAGGAGAGGGACAAGAAGACUCCACGCUGAGCGCAGAGCUGGACUUGGGGCUCGAUCUCACAACCCUGAGAUCAUGACCUGAGCUGAAGCCAAGAGUCGGACGCCUAACCGACUGAGCCACCCAGGCGCCCCUUAAGCCGCUGUUUUAAUUGAGAAAUUCCCACCUGGCCAUUGUAGGAAAUUUCAGAAACCAACAGACGACAAUAAACAACAGCUAUGGAUGAGGACUGACCUGUCUGGGGAUACCCCUUCCCAGGUGCAGGGUCCCCUUCCAAUGGCUUUGUAUGUAUGUCCUCAGAAUUGGUCACCCCCACUUUACAGACGACAAAACUGAGGCACAGAGGAGCUGGUAGGCGCCACACCCAGUGUGGGGCCCAACGCGGGGCUCGAACUCACAACCCUGAGACCAUGCGCUGAGCUGAGAUCAAGAGCUGGACGCUUAACCGACUAGGCCACCCAGAGUCCCAGAAGGAGAGGAUAAAGAGGGCAGGUCUGAAAAAGUACUUGAAGAUCAUGGCUGAAAACUUCUCAAAUUUGGUAAAGGAUAUAAACCUACAGAUUCAAGAAGCUGAAUGAAUGCCAAAGAGGACAAUCCAAACAAAGCCACUGAGAAACAUCAAAAUUAAACUUCUGAAAGCUCAAAGAUGAAGGAAAACAUCUUGAAAGCAGCCAGAAGAAAACAAGACCUUACAUAUAAGGGAAAAGCAAUUGGAAUGACAAUAGAUUUCUCAUCAGAAACCAUGGAGGCCAGAAGGAAGGGGCAAAAUAAUUUUUAAGUGCUAAAAGAAAAGAACUGUUAACCCAGAAUCCCAUACCCAUUGGCAGUGUUCUUCAGGAAUAAAAGAAAAUCUAGACAUUUUCAGAUGAAGGAAAACUAAGAAAAUUUAUACCUACCCUAAAAAAAAAAAAAAAAAAACCCAAAGGGAAUUC